CUCACAAAGCCCGCCCAUCUAACUGGUUUCCGUAAUGCAACAUGAGCGCUCCUCGUUGGUCAUGUGACCUGGAAAAAAUGGGAGAAAGAAGGAAGAUAAAUGAUUGUUCAACGUGGAUUUGCCCGAGACUGACAAUCUUUUCUAACGGAUGAAUAAAGCACCUACAGAGGAAGAAGUGGAGGCGCGACGAUGAAGCUGAACGAACGCAGCGUGGCUUACUACGCCACCUGCGACUCGCCGCCCGACAAGACGGGCUUCCUGUUCAAAAAGGGCGAGCGCAACACAGCUUACCACCGCCGCUGGUUUGUCCUGAAGGGCAACAUGCUUUUCUACUUCGAGGAGCGGGAAAGCCGCGAGCCCAUCGGCGUCAUCGUCCUGGAGGGCUGCACCGUGGAGCUCUGCGAGUCGGCCGAGGAGUUCGCCUUCGCCAUCAAAUUUGACUGCGCUCGGGCGCGGGUGUACAAGAUGGCGGCCGACAACCAGGCCGCCAUGGAGUCGUGGGUGAAGGCGUUGUCACGGGCAAGCUUUGACUACAUGAGGCUGGUGGUGAAGGAGCUGGAGAGGCAGCUGGAGGAGAUCCAGGAGGCUGCCAACGGAAGCAGGGCAAGGACGUCCAAGCGAGGGUCCAAAUCAAGAUCUGGAGCGUCUUCGUCAUCGUUAUCCUCUUUAUCAUCAUCAUCAAGCACUUCUUCCACGUCUGCCUCAGGACAAAAGACACACCAGGAUGAUUCCCAGCUCAUAUCUGGAUCUUACAGAGAGAACGGUGUAGCAUGGAGCAAACCACACUUGGCUAACGGUUCCCCUGACGGAGUGUCCUCCUGCGUGGCCUGGGAGGGAGGGCCUGACCCUGGGAACGGCUGCUUUGGGAUGGAUCACCGGGCCAACGGGGCCAGAGCACCACCUGUGCCACCCAGAAGAAGAGGAGCCUCUCUGGAGAGCCCCGUCUGCCCUGGCACCGGAUGCUUUACCAAGCUUCACGACUGGUACGGCCUGGAGGUGGAGGAACUGAGGGCCCAGUGGCUGCAGAACCAAUAAACUUCUGGAAGAAUGUAUCAUUCCGGUGGUUGAAGCCUACCCAAGCUUACUUAAUGAAAAAGGAAGACAUCAUUCUUUACCGAUGGCAGCACAAUUGUAUUGUAGUUGCAAGUAGGGCUGGGCGAUAUAUCGAUAUACGCGAUAUAUCGCGGGUUUGUAUCUGUGCGAUAUAGAAAAUGACUAUCGUGAUAUCGAGUAUAUGUUCUCACGCAGUUGCAUUUAGCUGCGGGCAUUACACUACAGGCUCUCCUCGCUCUUUCCUGUCUCUGCUUCUCACAGACAGCAAGCGCACCUUCUUACACACGUCACAUACUGUCACGACAUACGUCACAUACGUCCUCCCCGAGCAGAGAGGUAGCAGCAUGCUAACGUUAGCUGUGGUGUGAGCGCUAAUACAAGAGAAAGAAGGUGCGAAUCUGGUAACAAAUGGAGGAAUAAUUAAUUCCCAAGAAAAACAGCAGGGGGUCCAUCGUCUGACGGUGGUUUGGCUUCAAGUGGGAAUAUGUCGAACAGACAACCAUAAUUUGUCAAGUGUGGGGCAAAAGCGUUGCUAUAAAAAGUAGCAUUACUGCUGUAACAAACAGUUCAGGGUGUCUCAAGUUACCGGAGUGUGUUAGGUAAGGAGGAGGAGUUUUGUCCCUCCAGAGUUGCCGUAAGGCUGUGACGUAGGGUGUGGAAGGAGGUGUGUGAUGUUGACAUUAAAGAAGCGGUGGUAACCGAACCUUCUCUAAUGUCUCCCGUUUAUUAUUUUAUUAGAUAAGUGCACUGUAUAGGCGAACCCAGGACACUCGGCUACACUGCUAAUAUGUAGCAUCAUUCAAAAGUCACCCGCUAGACAAUGAAGAGGGCUUACUCCGCACGUCAAUAUCUCCGUUCGGUGCCACACGUCCACACCAUCAAAAUGCAGAGGCAAACAAUUCCAGAUCAACACCGUAUGAAAAAAAUAGUGAUUUUUUUUAGUUAUGAUUUCCUUCUCUGCAUGAAAGUUUAAAAGUAGCAUAUAUUAAUGCAGUAUGAAGAAGAAUGUUUUAAUGUAGACACAUAGAAUCAUCAUACUGCUGUGAUUAUAUGCAUCAAGUGCUCAUUCAAGGCUAAAGCAAAAAUAUCGAGAUAUAUAUCGUGUAUCGCGAUAUGGCCUUAAAAUAUCGCGAUAUUAAAAAAAGGCAAUAUCGCCCAGCCCUAGUUGCAAGUCAGCUGUGUGAACCACUACACUAUCAAAUACAUCAUUCCUUACUAACAAAUGCUUUGUUUCACCUCUCAGAGAGGACUUAAUAGUAAAUGAUGCUACAUCCUGUCUGGCACAGGAGGAAGAAUCAAUCUUGCCUUAUUUACUUUACAGUCUGGGUGGGGGUGACAAAAUAUACUUGAUUCAUUGCUUAAUGAAACAAAAUAACUCUUGAGAAUUAUGUAGCUUACUUUCACUGCAUGUCUUAAUGUCUCAUAAUUUAGUGCCUCUGUGUUUACUUUCCGGUGACCUAUAUCCAUUGUACUUACAUUCCCUGAACACCUCCAGUAAGACAUGGCUACAGAAAGGGUCGAUACCAACGUAAACAUUGCUGUUCAGUUUGACUUGGACUGACUCUUUAAAAGCAAAUGUGUUGUUUUUUUAAUCUGUGACAUUUCAAGUAUUUCAAAGUCCUCAGAGAGCAAUAGAAAAUAUGAUUAUAUAUAAUGAGCAUUUUAGUUCCUGAGGCACAAGUUUUGACUGUGAUCGCAAUUUGUAUCCUCUUCGUUUUCUUUUCUAUGUUUUUAAUUGUAACCUUUCGAGUUAGUCCCUUUACCUCUUCUACGUAGCCAUGGAACCGAUUGAGAAUGGUUAGGAUCUAUUUUGGAACACUGACCAUAUGGGGCGUACUUUUUAGUGGAACGCACUUAUGCACUCUUAAUACUAUGUGGAAGUAUACAAGUCUGCAAAUUGAAAUGCAUUCUGGGUGAAUGUUUUUUUUAAUUUUUUUAUUAACAUUUUAAUUGGGGUUUUACUACUUUUUAUUGCAAAUAGGGUUGCAACAACUAAUCGAUUAAAUCGAU